AGAUUAGGUUUAGAUUUAAUAUAAUUUACGAAGUCAUUGCAUGACAUCAAAAUUAAUAAGAGUAAAUAAUUCAGCUUUAACUAAUUCAACUUCCAUUCUGUUUCUUGACUUUGUCCAUAUUUGUCCCAUUGAACUGAACACUCUUUCUAAGAAAGCAUUACUUGUUGGUAUUGAAAGUACAGCCUGUACUAUUUUUAAUAAGUUAUUUGUAGUAAUAUUACAUUUCUUGAAUAUAGCUAUUCAUUGUUAUAUAUCCAUAAUAAUAAUAUAAUCGACAUUGAUUUUAUUAUCAUUUUUAACUGGGCAAAGUCAUCGAUGUGUCUCUGAAUGUAAAUAAUACUUAAUUACCUUUCACUGUAAAAUAAUCAAAACACUGAGUCACGAAUUAAAAUAAACUGAUAAAUUAUAUGAACUGCUCAAUAGACUUUACAAUAUUUAUGUAACAAAACAAUAAUUAUACAACCAUUGAGCAACUAUUAUCGAAGACUGUUUUCUUUUGAGAUCUGUUGUCCUAAAACUAGUCUGCUACUAGAGUUCAGAUCUUAAACUGCGUUCGGAAACAUCACCCGAAUCAUCCGAGUGGCCGAUUUCCUCCAUAUUGUUUAAGAAGGAUACAUAUAAACAAUCGGGUGAGAUUUCCGAACGCAGUUUUAGUAAUGGUCUCUCCAUUUUAAAUUCCAAGUGCCACGAAAAUUAGCGGGAAAUCUGUUAAAUAGUUCCUUACGCUCAAAAUACCAUUUUAUUAUUUAAAUAUACGUAAAAACCGGACAUAUGACGUCCGGUUUGACUUAUCAACCGGACACCGGACAAUACUCCUAAAAACCUGACAGUCCGGGUCAAAACCGGACGGUUGGCAACCCUAGUGCCGGCCAAAGUUAAAUGUUUACUUUUCGCGGACAUAAAUGUGUUUUCAGUGCAAAUGAUCUUUUUCUGAACAUUGUGUAGUACUAUAGAAAACGCAUUGUGUAGUAUAGAACGUUGUGUAGAAGCAGGGAAAACCAGAUACAGUAAGUAUAUUUCUUUUGAUGAGUCUUCGAUUUCUUUUAGAUUAUAAACCAUCUAAAUAUUUCUUCCUCAUUAUUUCUAUAACGUAAUUAUACAUGCAUUUUGCAAUGUUUAAUGCUUCAUAUGUGUAAACAAACGUAAAAAUCUGUGGACAGUUUUAAUUUAUACUUAUAAUUUAUAGCUACAAUAAAAUACGCAAUAUUGAUAUUUGUUAACUUUAUAUAUACUGUAACGAAGCGAUCACAAGCAUAUAGGCGCAUGCGAGUGGAAGUGUGCGUGUGGUGCGGGGAGCGGGCGAUGGAUGGGCGAUGCGGUGUAAAUUAAAACAAAGGGAAGUCGCAGUUGUCACCAGGGGUCUCAAGCCCCCGAAUUUUCCUGUUACUAUGCAGCAUUCUUUUGAUAAAAAAUUGCAAUUCAAUUACGAUAUCGCUCGUCUUGAUGCCGCCUCUCGCAUUCAUUACGUUCUCGACCACGGACCAGAGUACACGCUUCCGCACGUACGAAAAUCGUGAAUUAUAAUUUGAUACGAAAUUAUUCACUCUUUCUUUUCCCUAAAGACGAGGAUUAAGUAAAGAGUUGAGAUACGAGUGGCUGCUUCAGAGUGUGCCAAGACGAAAGAAUUUUUUCGAAGGAAAUAACGUCACAAAGAUUACGGCAAGAUUAGAUCAAAAUCAAGUAAGGAAACGAAAUAUAAUUUUGAUAAAAAAUGCCAAAAAUAAAAUAUAAUUAUUAUCGACGAGCGAAAAAGAUGUCAGAUUCGGUGAUUAACACUAUACAAAACAUUUGUGAAACGUCAUUAUUAAGAACUUCGUUCCCGAAUUCUAAUAAUAGCGUUACUAGACCAUCACUUGAAGCUGACAAUAGGUUACAUGAAUUACAUAAUUUAUCAAUGAAUUUGGAUAACAAUGGUGAAUUACUUGUCGAAGAUUCUGAUCACUCCACAAAUAUAAAUAUCGAUUGUGAAAUUGAAGUAAUGAAUGAAAAUAAUUCUAAUGACGAAGUAAUUUAUAAUGCUAAUACAGAAUCUAACAAUUUUUAUUCUGAUGACUGUUUAAAUUUUUUGCCAUGGCUUCGAGAUUGGGCAAUCAGAAAUCACAUAUCACACGUUGCAUUGACCGAAUUAAUGACUCGCAUAAAACCCAAGUAUCCGGAAUUACCUACUGAUGCACGUAGUUUAUUAAAAACUCCUAGGAAAAUUAAUGUACAAAGUAUUCCACCAGGAUAUUAUUAUCAUUUUGGAUUGCGCAAUUGCAUUGAAGAACUUGUAUCGCGAUAUUCUGAAAAUUUGCAAUCUAUUCAAGUUAAUGUGAAUGUCGAUGGGCUUCCUUUAUUUAAAAGCUCAAGUAAUCAAGUAUAUCCCGAUUUUAUGCAACUUAGUAGAGAAUUAUAGCGAAGUAAAUGUUGUUGAGAUUUACUAUGGAAAUGAGAAACCUGGAGAUGCAAAUUUAUUUUUACAAGCUUUUACAGAGGAAGCAAUUAAUUUUACUUUAAAUGGCAUAACAAUUAAUGGGUAUAAUUAUGCAUUUAAAAUUAAUGCAUUUAUCUGUGAUGUACCCGUUAAAGCAUUGAUUAAAUUCACGAAAGGACAUUCGGGUUAUUAUUCGUGUAACAAAUGUAUAUGUAAAGGAGAAUAUUAUCUUGACAGAGUGUGUUAUCCAUAUGUAAAUAGUUUUGAUCAAAGAACGGACCAUGAUUUUCGUCGAAAAUUACAGAAAGGUCAUCACACAGGCCCAUCUAUACUUGAAACAAUUCCUAAUUUAGAUAUGGUAAAGGAUUUUCCAUCUGAUCCAAUGCAUUUAUUGUAUCUAGGAAUUGUCAAAGCGUUAGUUUUAAAAAUGUGGUGUCAUGGCAAACCUCGAUGCAAAUUAUCUUUUAAUCAAAUAUCAGAAGUCUCUGCAUCAUUGGUGAAACAAAAUCGUCAUAUACCAUGCGAAAUUAACCGAAAAUCAAGAUCAUUAAUUGAAAGCAAUAGAUGGAAAGCAACUGAGUUUAGAACUUUUGUGUUAUAUACAGGACCACUAGUUUUAAAAUCUGUUCUGGAUGCUGAUAAAUAUGUUAACUUUUUAACUUUACACGUAGCUAUCAUUAUUUUAUCAAAUUCAAAACACAUAGAAUUGUAUUUAGAUUAUGCGAAAUCACUGUUGAAAUAUUUUGUAAAAACGUUUAUAAUUCUAUAUGGAAAAGAAAAUGUAUCACAUAAUGUGCAUAAUUUACUUCACCUUUAUGAUGAUGUUGCAAAAUUUGGAACAUUGGAGGAAUUUAGUGCAUUUGCCUUUGAAAAUUAUUUGCAAACAAUCUUAAAUAUGAUUCGUAAAAAUGAGAAACCGUUAGAACAGAUUGUUUGUCGCAUAAGCGAGCAAAAUUCUUGUGCAAAAUCUAUCGAUAAAUUAAGAACAAUUAAUAGAAAGCCACAACUUCAAAAUCUACACUUUAAUGGUCCGAUUAUAAAUGACAUUAUUUACAAUUCAAAAUUGAGUCAAUAUAAUAAAAUUGUGUUUAAACAAUUUAUAUUAAAAACGGCAGCACCUGAUAAUAUCUGUUGUUUAACCGAUGGAACUAUUAUAAUUGUUCAGAAUUUUAUUUCAACCGAUGAAAAUACUUUUGUAAUUGGCAAUAAAUAUCAGUCACUUACUAAUUUUUACUCGGAACCAUGUGAGUCAUCAGAGUUAGAAAUUUAUGUUGUUGAUCGUAUCCAAGAUUUACAAAUGUGGGAUAUAAAACAAAUCGCAUACAAAUGCCUGAAAUUAAAAUUCAAAAACCAAAGUAUCGUUUUUCCUCUUUUGCAUUCAAAAUAGUUAAAUAAUAUAUUAAAUUGUAUGUUAUAUUCAUGAUACAAAGUAAAAGUUAACUCAAUUAACAAACCGUUUUUAUGUUUUUAUACGAUAAAAUAUAGUGUUCUAAUUUUAUAAUUUGUUGAUAAAAAAUGUUUCCAAUUUUGUUGUGAAAAUUUUUCUUUCAAACUUGAUCAAUCUAUAUCAAAAGCUAUUUGUAGUUAUGCCUCGUGCAAAAGUUUUUUUUUAAUUUACAUAAAAAUUAUUAUAUAUAGAAUGCAUAUAUAAGUGUAAGUGCGAUUUAGAAAUUAUGUUAAAGUUUUUUUUUAAUUAUUAAGACUAAAGGCUGCGUUUGAUUCAUUAAUUGGAGCAGUAGAAAUGUCAGAUCAAACAUGGACUGUCGUCAGAUUUAUUGACGAAGAUACAGUCGAGGCAGUACCAUCUAGUUGGAUCAUACAAAACCGAUGUUAUUGGCCGCCGUUUAAAAACGAUAAAAUUAUGGCCAUUAUUCGGAAAAAUGAACAACCGAAUACAUGUUGGCCUUCUUACGAAAUCAGCAUAUUUCGAAACAGCACUUUUGCCGAUUACAAAACUGCCAGGGAAAAAUGCAAAAGUCAGAAUGCACUUCUGAUUUAAAUUCUGAAAUAGAUGUACGGCGAAAGCGACCCAGUAAACGACUAUUAUCUUCUUCCGAUGACGAGGAGGAUAGGACCCUACCAACACCUCCGCUUUUAAAACUGACGGGAGCUCAAAACAAAAAAAAGACAAAAUCUCAAUUCAACCUUUCGUCAAAUGAAAGUGAUGCAUCCAGUGUGUUACAUGAUGAGCCAGCAAACAUUUUAGACAACAGGAUUUCAAGCAAUAAUUUGAUUUGCACUUGCAAACAUUGUCCAAUUCACAAAGAGUUACAAAAUAAUAACGUGACAUAUUUUAAAGAAAUUAUACGACAACAGCAUCCCCUUAAAGCAGAAAUUUGGCAACAAAGUGACAAUUUAAGAAUUAUUAAAAAUGCAGUUGAGAAUCCGAAUUAUGCACAUUUUAAUAAUGCAGACGAUCAGGAAGCAAUUUUUUUUUAUUCCUACAAUAUUCCUAUGGAUAAUGAAAGGCAAUUAGAGCAAAUGGAAGGCUUUUUGAAAACGGAUGAAAAUUUUAAUACAUCGAUUUUAGAAGCUUCAAAAAUUGGUGGGAACAAUGCAUACGAGUUCAUAAAACGCAACUUGAGCCAAAUUUUCACCAAUAAACUAGCUUCUGAAUAUAGUUGGGAAAAAAAAAUAAACGUGUAUUCCGAUCAUUAAAGCUAUCACAGCUAUUAAUCGCCGCAGGCGAAAUAGUCAACGCUAUGUUCACAAAAAAGGAUAUCGAAGAGGCAAUACAGAAAUGGCUCAAGAGGGCAAAAGAAAGGCUUAAUGCGGAACAAAAUAAAUUAAACGUUCAAAGGCAACUGGAAGAUCAAUGAGAUUCUUUUAAGCCUCAGUUUCAGUUUUUAUUUGGUUUACUUAUAUAGUUUGUUUUUUGAGUUAAUUAUAAAUAAGAAAUAGUUUUUAACAGCUUUUGUUCCUAUUUGGUUUGCUUAGUUUGUUUUUUGAGUUAAUUAUUAAUAAGAAAUAGUUUAUAACACAUAAUUUUUGACAUCUUCAUGUAUCUACGAUA